AUGCCCCGACCUGCGACUUCUCCCCUCCAAAGUCCUUCCGUUAGCACCGAAAGUGACCCCCGCGCUAGCUCCCCGAUUCCCAUGACUCUCCGCCAUCGUGGUCCGACCCGCUCGGCCACUUUCGCCGAGGGUUCGUCGAACCUGCGGAAUGAACGACGGAACUCGACCUUGUCUGAUUCUGUAUCCGAGGCCCGAAAUUCAAUUCGUUCCUCGACCGAUGUUUUGUUAUUCCCCCGCGCGCCAAAACAGACCGAUGUCGAUCUUCCCAACGACGAGUCGCAUUGGCAUUCAGCCCCCUUGGGCCUGGCACUUCUGCCUGCUAUCGCCGGAGUCUUUUUCCAGAACGGAAGUGCCGUCGUGACGGAUGUCACUUUGCUGGUUCUCGCCGCCAUCUUCCUCAAUUGGUCGGUUCGAUUGCCAUGGGACUGGUAUCGUUCUGCGCAAGCUGUCCGACAGCCCGAUAGAUUUUACGACGCUUCGGAAAUCUCCCCGGUAUCAGAUCUCAACGAACCUUCUACGACACCCAAGUCCCAUGAAUCUCUUGCAACGCCGGACUCAAAGAAGGCGUCGCGCCCUUCAGAUGCAACCGGUGCAGCCUGUAGAGAACUGCAAAUUUAUGAGCUUGCUGCCCUCGUAUCCUGUUUCUUGUUUCCCAUUGUCGGAACAUGGCUCUUGCACACGAUUCGGUCUAAGCUUUCGCGGCCUUCUGAAGGGUUGGUGUCCAACUACAACCUAACCAUCUUUCUUUUGGCCGCUGAAAUCCGACCAUUCUCCCAUCUUCUGAAGAUGGUGCAAGCAAGAACGCUUCAUCUUCAGCGCAUCGUCUCUUUGGCGUCGGAGGAGGACAAGCUUGAUAUAAGUAAGAUCAUCGACCUCACCAAACGCCUCGAAGACCUGGAAGCCCACGUUUCGGAGACCGCGGCGGAGCGUCUUGCAUCCGAGUCCUCGUCUCAAUCACAGGACAAUACCUCAUCCGUCAUUUCUCAGGCAACCACGGAAGUACGAAAAGGGUUCCAACCAGAGAUUGAUGCUCUGACUCGGGCGGUUCGACGAUACGAGAAACGCACGGCAAAUACAAAUUUCCAAACGGAAUCACGGCUUCAGGCAUUGGAGAACCAGAUCAAUCAAGCCAUCUCUCUCAUCACUGCGGUCCAUCGUACGGAUCGUCAACGUCGUAACGGCCUAAUUCCCAUGUUAUUUGACUGGAUAUAUGCGGCUGCUUUAUUCCCGAUUCAGAUUUUCGUGUCGCUGACAUCCUUGCCUUGGCAAGGAGCAAGGUGGUGCUUGCAAACUUGCAAAGGUCUCCUGAACUUGCGGCAUCCCGAACGAACUAUGAAGGGGAAAACACCGUAUGAUCGAAUAUCUCGGUCGCCUAGACAAACGAGACGAUAUAUUCCGCAAGAUCCCGCAGGGCCCAAAGGACUUAAAUCUAUUCGUGAAAAUAGUCUUUAA